UCAACCUCGAUCUACUGAUUGUAUUUGUCUGGUGCUGCACAUCUCUUUAGGUCUCGAGGAGUGAAAGACUCAUGAAAGACCCAUGAAAUGAUAGAUAUUGUGAAAUAAUCCAUUCUCAAAAUGCUGGAGCAGUCCCUUGCAAAUUUUGUCGCUCAUAAUUCUCUCUCAUUGAUUCAAUGUCAACCAACUCGGCGGCUGCAAGCUGUUUAGAAUAACAGUUUAUUCUUCAUCGUUGGAGAUAGCAUGUCUUCACCUCUACCUGCUUCCAAGUCACCAAUGACAACAAAAUUGCAUCCAAUCACCUCAACUUCGUUUUCCACCUUUAAGAAAGAAUUUCAUGUGAAAAUUUUGAGAGUACUGCGAGCUCAAGCUAUCCUCUAGACUAUUUUGAAUUGCAUUCAGGAAGCAGUGUAGUUCUUUGUCCAGCAUCAAGACAAAAAGCUAGCUAGAGACGGGAACGCAGAUAUUGAACGCGCAUUUCUUUGUCCGUCAUUCAAGAGAGUCUAACGUCCUUGGUAUUUUCGGUCAUUGUGUAAUAAAGAGAUGACAAACCAAAUAAUUCAUUUUCGAUGAUUUGCAUUUUAAGUUUGGAGGGUUUACCAUGAGACGGUAGUCAAAUUUCGUAGUUAAAUCUUUCAAUAGUGCCAAAUAUGAAGCCGUCGCCAUGGAAAAGACCUCAUCCUAGAUAUGCAGGGCCUACGCGCUUUGCUAAAAAGUAUGGACAUCCUGGAGGAGGCAUUCAUUCCGAACUGGAAAAUUACCUGCCCGAAGUAAAAAGUGGCCUCACACCAGUCACUCCAGCACAAUUCUUAGAAAACCAAGACCAGCGAGAUGUUGCAAAAAAUCUGGAGCUGUAUCAAAGGAUGAGGUUCUGUGGUAGGCAUUUCUCCAAUGGAUUUUGCCCAGCUAUUGACGCUGUUAAAAGGCUUUACCGCCGCAGAGCUGGAAUCGGUUCUAGCUUUGGCAGAUUCUUACGAAACUACAAGUCGGCGAAUAAAUUAUGGAAAUAAUCUUGGCAAUGUACCCAUCCAUCCCAUGUGGACUCGAGAAAACUGGCAAUACGACCUGCCGAGACAUAUUGCUAGAUAUCCAUUUGGAGAUGGUAACGAAUAUUGGGAGGCAAGUGAUUCACCAUGUACAAAUGCUGAUGUGAUACUUACUACGCAAGUUAGGCCAAGAAUGACGCGUGAGUAUACUCUGUUUCCGAAUCUGCUGUCUUGAUAUCCACAACCAUUCGUGUGCAUCACGGUGUUGCUAAAAUACCAGUAUCCAGUGCGUGGCGUGCGAUGGAGCCAGCCUUGAAGCUUGCUUCGAGUGUCAUUGCAAAUAUACAUACAUGGGAAUGGUAUGUUUUUUGGUUAAUAUUUUUCCCUUCUAUUUCGCUAAUGAUAAAGGUUUAACUCGUUACUAAAAGGUCCAUGGGAAAGAGUUUCGCCAAAAGACCUUCCACCCAACCACGCAUUAAAUGUAACGAGGUUUUUCUCCAAGGACGACAGAAAGGAUGGAGAACUUAAAUGAGACACUCGAGAAUUUUUCAAAAAAUUAUCAAAGAAUACUUAUUUUGCACUUUCUGGAGGCAAGGUAUGUGAUCGGUUCACAAAUUCCACCCUCCGCUCAAUUCCUUUCCCCGAUCUAAAGCCUCACUUCUUAUUCUAUCAAUUCUUUUUAUCUUCCAAAUAAAGCUUUGGCUCUUGAUUUCUUUCCAAAACAUUUUCUUGUUGGACGAUAACUGACGCUUACGUCUGGCGCAAGUGCACUCCUAGCGGAAUGCCUCAAGCGUCCAAUUUCACGUGUGGGCACACGGCGUGGUACCCUCGUCGAGCCAUGCCAAGCAGUUCGGUCGUUCCUAAUGCUACACUUAUUACCAUUGCCUAUGAUUUGGUCGAGCCUUUGUUGAACCCGACAGCCUUACCAGAGGACAGAGCCUUGGACACGUUUCGCCUGGCAGAAAAUAUCCUUCACGAGACAGCGGUAGGCUACAUUCUAGCUUAUUAUUGGCAGUCAAUUAACUAAAACAACACGCUAUGUGCCAUCACAUGACAAGAAAGAGUACAGAUGCUCAUGAUUGGGCUUGGGUUAAGCCUUACUUUGAGAAUGAGCCUAUUCCAAAACUGCAAGUCAACUGACAUUCAUGUUUGAUCGAGGAGCUAAUCAACAGGUAGUGGAUUCUCUGCAACAAAUCAGGUAUGUCUAUGAAUUUAACCCCUUUCAGCACCGUCAUGCUGGUAAACAUUGAUACUUUGUAGGUUUUUGGUGGCAUCGCGGCAUCAGUUGUUACGCUUGAUAUAUUAGGAGCCUCAUCCGGGGGCCUCAUCUUGUAAUCAAGUCUACUAGUCUCCUAAUAUUCUACAUGACCUAAAUCUGACAUCACUGUAGCUAUAACUGGCCCACUUACAAACAUGAGCACUACUCUCAAGCACCCGUACUUUCUCCGAGCAAGCAGAAGGAUUGGGAGAAUAUAAUAUAUUAUCCGAUUCAUGUUUCUUAUUUUAUGAGCCUCCAAUCUCGAGAAUUUUGG